AAUGUAGAGCAGUGAAUUAACAGCACAAAGACAGCGCAAAAACAAGUUACAGGAUUACAGCUUGUGUUAGAAUGGCUACCAGUGUUGCACCUGUGGAAAACACUAGAAAUGGCUUCACCAUUGUGACCCAUGUGAUCCCACCACAAACAGCUCCAGCUGGAACAGGACAACAUGAACCAGGAACUGGAGCAGGAGGCUGCACCAUAGGAGAACCAAAAGUGCUUGGGACUGUCCAGAUAAUGAUUGGGCUCUUAACCCUUAUGUUUGGCAUUGUUUCAGAAGCCUCCUUUAAAACUCUUUCUGGCUACAUUGGCAUCACCUUUUGGGGAUCAUUGAGUUAUAUCAGCUCUGGUGCUCUGUCUGUUGCUUCAACAAACCACGCUUCUUCAUGUGUGGGCGCCACACGUGGAAUUAGUGGAGUGCUGCUGGUUUUCUCUGUUCUUGAGCUCUUCAUCUGCAUCUGCACCUCUGGGUUCACCUGCAAAGCCACCUGCUGCACAGAUCUUAUGACAGUGUUUCUCGUCAACAAUCCUGGCUACGUCCAACUAGUUGAAGAAAAUGCUUGACUUGCCCUCAACAUAUGCUUUGUAAGAUUGUG